UUUCGUUCUUGACGUGUGUUCUGUCAAAAGUUCAAAACGCUCGCGUACACACGUCCCGAUUUCGUAACGUUCUGUGCUAGUGAAUUCAAUAUUUACCGUCGUUAUUUAAAUAAAACAGACUUGUAAUGGAUAUAAACGAUCGAAAAGUAAAUUCGCGUACGCAUUCGAUCACAAUGAAUCGUGAUUCUAAGUUUGUUUUGCGAAAAAUCACAAUGGAUUUCGCGAUUCUGUUUUGCAUUGGCUUCCUCAUCUUAGCGUUCUACUUGUGGGGCACCCCAUACAAGCGAGGUUUCUUCUGCGAUGAUGAAUCCCUCAAACAUCCGUACCGGGAGUCCACGGUCACCAACCUCAUGCUGUAUAUCGUCGGUCUAUGUCUUCCAGUUGUCACGAUGUGCCUUACCGAAUGGAUCCACCUCCGAGACCACAAAAGCGGCCGUCCGCAGCUACUGGGCAGAGAGAUCCCCACCUGGGUGUGGGAGGCCUACAGAGUUGUUGGUGUCUUCUUGUUCGGUUGCGCCUGCCAGCAGCUGACCACCGACAUCGCCAAGUACACCAUCGGGAGGCUACGGCCGCACUUCUUUGAUAUCUGUCGGCCUAAUAUAAACUGCACCGCGCCCGAGAACAAAUGGCGUUACAUCGUGGACUUCGAGUGUCUCCGCACAGAUGAACCCAAACUGAUCAAGGAGAUGAGACUGUCUUUCCCUAGCGGACAUUCUUCCUUCUCUGCGUAUACCAUGCUGUAUUUUUCGUUCUACCUCCACAAGCGCUUCACCUGGCGCGGCUCCAAGCUCCUCCGGCACGCCAUCCAAUUCGUGCUGAUCAUGCUGGCAUGGUACACCGUCAUGACCCGGGUGUCCGACUACAAGCACCACUGGAGCGAUGUGCUCGCUGGCUUCAGCAUCGGUCUACUAGUCGCUAUAAUCGUGUUCACAUUCGUCUCCAAUCUCCGCAAGACCCCCCGGAACCGGCAACCAGUGAGCCACCACGACUCGGAGCUGCAAACCAACGGCAACACCCGCUCGGCCUCCGGGUGGCGCGUUUGACAGUCCGACGACGAGUGACCGACGGUCAUCUCCCACGAGUAUUGACUUGCAAGUGUAGCUUAAUUCAACUUUUUGAUUACAGCGCCAUCUGUGUAUCCUACUUGGAACUAUGGUAACUAUAAUAAUUUGCAAAUAAACGGUAAAACUUGAUGUCAAGCUAGUGCGAAAGAAUGGUAAUUGGAGUCUACUAAAGUAAUGUUUAGGAAUAUUGAACUACAGAUGUUAAACAUGUUCGAAGUCAGUAAAAUGGUAGCUAUUGAUAUUAAGUAUCAACGCCAUCUGUAUUUAGUGAUCGGAACUACGAUGCAACUUAGUCAACUGAAGGAAAAUGAGAUCCUAAAUAUGAAUGAUUUUAGACUAAUUUGUACUGCGAGGUAGCUAAAAUGUUUUCUUGUAGCUUAAUGCAGCAUAACCUUUUAUUCAGUCUUAUAUCUAAGAGGUAGAUGGCAGCGCUAAAACAAUAUAAUAUAGGUUUAAUUUAGAUUUAAUCAGUACCUACUAUAACAAAAACUAUAUGCAAAACCUGUACAUAAUUGGUUUUAGGAACUUUUCUUUCAUCAACAUAGGGACAGCUUCUGAAAGUUAGAUUUUGUCGUAGACGUAAUAAUAAACGACUUCAUUCUUAAGUUAGUGCCUUUUUCGAAUAUAAUACAACUGAUAAGUAAUUUAAUUGUGUGUAUAAAAAGUGCGCAGAAAAUAUUGGUAUGGCUGCUUUAGAACAGAUACAGUACAAUUUAUAAAUGUCAUUUUAAAAUAUAAGUUGACUUGAUUCCAUUUUAAGGCGAUUUUUGGUUUUACUGAAGUUGAGUUAAAACUUCAAAAAUCGCCUUAUGAUUGUUUAAGCAUAUUAUACUACUUAAAGUUUUCGUGCAAUGUGUUGUUUAUAUAUUUAUACACUAUUUAUUCCUAUACAAGCUUUCAUUUCAAGUUUGUAUACAUAGGUAAUUUAAAGUACAAUUUUUUAGUUAUAAUUUUAGCGUAGUUUGUAAAUAAUUUAUUUCAAUCGGUACGAAUUUUAAGGCAUUUUAUUUUAAUGCAUUUAAUUGUUUGAAAAAUUAGACAUAUGGCACAGCUCAUUUAUUUACUUUACCAUAGAUAAAAGAGUUAUAAGUUAUAACAGACGCAAUAAGUUAAAACAUCAUUAUCUAACUUAUGUACAUAUCUCAACUAGAUGGCGUUGCACAGAGUUUUAAAAUUGACUAUAGAUCUUAUUGUCGAGACGACAAGUGUUUAUUAUUUUAAAGAUGUUUACUGUCAGUGUGAGGUGAACUGUCGCCUGCAGUAUUUCAGAUAAUAAAUGUAGCAAGCGUAGGUAGCUGUUUAAAGCGAAAAGUGUCUACGUCGAGAGAACCCGCUUGGCGGGUUGUUGACAAUGAAUAGUUAAUACAGCGCCAUCUAGCUGUCAACACAUGCGUCUAUAAGUAGUUUUAAUUACGAAUAUAUUAUUGUAGAAUAAGAUACCUCUGGUCUAGAAGACUCGGGGCAUGUAUUUGAUACUGUGAUAUAGACAUGUAAAAAUAUUGCAGACUGGUGAGCAGUGUAAACGCUUAUGAUGUGGGAAAUUUAGUCAAUAUGUAGUUGUUUAUCGUAUUGGAAAGUUCUAUCACUGUUAUUUAUAGUGAGAAAAACAUUUAAUUCUAUUCUAUAAUGAAUUGUUUCUUUAUAUUAUCUUCAUUUGGGCCAUUCUUUUCAAAGUUUUCCACCCCACUUUUUUGUAAUUAGGGUAUUUUUUGAGCGUCAUACUCAGAAACGGAAGGUUGUUCGAUACUGACAGGAG